AUGCCAGCCACACUCACCUCCCAGACAUCAUCGACGAGCAACGUCACUUCUCACUCCUUCUCUCAAACACAACAAACACCACUUUUCAUAUUUGACAGCAUCAAACGGAAUGAUUUUGAACAAGUGAAACUCUUUAUACAGCAAAAUCCAAGCCUUCUGACGUGUGUGGAUGAUCCCGAUCAACUCAAUACUCCAUUACAUGUUUCUUGUCAGUGCAACCAUGAAAAAAUUGCAUUGUUUUUGCUCGAUAGAAUCCAAUCCAUGAUGCCAACAUUGGGUUAUUUAUUAACACAAGAGAAUGGAUCAAAACAAUCAGCAAUCAUACUGGCAAGCCCUCGUCUGAGGGGUAUGAUGAAGGCUAGCAUGGAAAUAUUCAAGAUGAAGAAAUUAUUACUUGAAAAGUAUAAAUCCAAGUCUUGCUCCAUGUCACAAAACAAUAACAGCAAUGACCUCACCUGCUCUUUAACAGCGUCCUCUACAGACAGCAUUGAGAAUGUCAGAAAGGAAGCACAAAAAUUAUAUGAAAUGAUGCAAUAA